AUUAGCGCUGUACGUGAGUAUAAUUUGGUGGUUAAAAUAACAAAUAUACGGUUCAUUAAUUAGACUAUUUUUUUAUGAACACUAGAACCCAGAACUGUUGAUAUUGUUCAUGCUGGCGGUACUCACUUGAGAACAACUGCUUGUUCGAAUUUUAAUAAUUGAUGUCAGUGGGUGUACAAUAGCGCUCCCUAGUGUUCAGCAAAGCAACUGCAAACAAUUAAUCCUGCAUUUCUCCACUUAUGAAAUGCCUUUGCAUAAUAAACACGUCUUUUUUCUAAACGUAAGCUCUUGAGAUACAUUUUUUUUUAUAAUAAUUGAAAUUAGCGUUAUGUGAAUUGUCUUUUUCUGAAUUUAAAUGAACUAAUGAAUGUUUUACCGUCUACUAAAUAAAUGAUACCCUGAGCCAAAUGCAAGUGUUUUUAUACUUUGCAGGCAGUUUGGAGUGUUCUGGGCAGUGAGCGAGCCAUUGACAUGUCCUCGGGCUCUGGAUGCUGAAACGAACCUCGGAUCCUGCAAACUCAACUCUAUGACGAAACCCACGUCAGCGAGCCGAGCCAACCACAGGCAACAUAGUCAUUUGCACACAACAACACACACGCACCGUACUGAUGCUCGCUUGUGGAGCUCUCUCUGAUGUUUUCCGAGCGCUGCUUGUUUCUUGUGGUCCGCCUUCUUCAGCGCAGGCACCGCUUCAGUGCGCAAAACGGAUGAACUUGGAGGAGCUAAAAUGCUUUUAAAAGAAGAGCAUCCUCGGAGUGGAAGCUGGAGAUGAGAUGUAUCGUGGGGUGUUUCCUGCAGCCCGACGCAUCUGUGGAAUUCCCGGGGAUUUUCUAACCUGGACCUUCAGCCCAGCCUCAUAGAUGAUCUUUCCCCGUGCGACUUCGAGGCUUUGGUUCGUCGAGGAGCAUCCGGAGACCAGGUAUGGCAGUGGCCAAGAUGGUGUGUUUCUCUGACGUGGAAACUUUCCUGGACUCGCACCCUGAGUUAUUCGAGGACUACCUGAACCGAAAAGGCACUUAUGGCAUGGUGGAGAAGUGGCUCAAGAACCACCAGGGGCCCAAAUCGGGUCCGGCGGCCCCGAGCCCGGCUGAGUCGAGGGACGAGAAGGGCGCCGUGCUGAGGGACAGCUGGGCGAGCAAAUGCGACGGUUUGCAGCGGAGAGCUUCGCAGAAGGAGCUGCGCAAAACUUUCGCCCGCUCCAAGGCCGUCAACGUCAACCGAACCUACGACGAGCAAGUCAACUCGCGGGCCCAGGAGCCGCUGAGCAGCAUGCGCAGGAGAGCCCUGCUGAGGAAAGCGAGCUCGCUGCCCCCGACCACCGCGCACAUCUUGAGCGCGCUGCUCGAGUCCAGAGUCAACAUUCCGCAGUACCCGUCCACGGCCGUGGACUUCAAAUAUUACCUCAAAGAGAACAACGAGAGGGAGUUCUUCCUGGAGCUCGUUAAAGACAUCUCCAACGACUUGGACUUGACGAGCCUCAGCUACAAGAUCUUGGUGUUUGUGUGCAUCAUGGUGGACGCGGACCGGUCCUCCCUCUUCCUGGUGGAGGGCACCGGAAACAAGAAGACGCUCGUGUCCAAGUUCUUCGACGUACACGCGGGCACCGCCGUGUUGCCCUCCAUGAACUCGGGCGAAGUGCAAGUGCCGUGGGGCAAAGGGAUAAUCGGAUACGUGGCCGAGCACGGGGAGACCGUCAACAUUCCGGACGCCUACCAGGAUCGCCGGUUCAGUGAUGAAAUUGACAAACUGACGGGCUACAAGACCAAGUCCCUCUUGUGCAUGCCCAUUCGCAACAGCGAUGGAGAGAUCAUCGGAGUCGCUCAGGCCAUCAACAAGACCUCAAGUGUGGAAAUCUUCGCUGAAGAUGAUGAAAAGGUACUGCAAAUGUACCUGCCUUUCUGCGGCAUUGCAAUUUCCAAUGCCCAACUCUUUGCUGCCUCCAGGAAGGAAUACGACAGAAGUCGGGCACUCCUUGAAGUCGUCAACGACCUGUUUGAAGAACAAACCGAUCUGGAAAAAAUUGUCCGCAAGAUCAUGCAUCGUGCUCAGACGUUGCUCAAAUGCGAGCGAUGUUCUGUUCAGUUGCUGGAGGACAUCGAGUCACCGGUGGUAAAGUUCACCAAGUCUUUUGAAUUGUUGUCACCUAAGUGCAGUGCCGACGCCGAAACAAGUUUCAAGGACAGUAUGGAAAAGUCUUCUUACUCUGACUGGCUCAUCAACAACAGCAUUGCAGAGCUGGUAGCAUCCACAGGACUUCCUGUCAACAUCAGCGACGCCUACCAAGAUCCUCGUUUUGAUGCUGAGGCGGACCAGUUCUCGGACUUCCACAUCCGCUCAGUGCUGUGUGUUCCCAUAUGGAACAGCGAUCAUCAAAUCAUUGGCGUUGCUCAAGUGCUGAACCGCCUCGAUGGGAAACCAUUUUAUGAUGCAGAUCAGCGGCUCUUUGAGGCUUUUGUGAUCUUUUGUGGCCUGGGCAUCAACAACACCAUCAUGUACGACCAGGUGAAGAAGUCGUGGGCAAAGCAAUCAGUGGCUCUAGAUGUACUCUCUUACCACGCCACCUGCUCCAAGACUGAAGUGGACAAAUUCAAGGCCGCCAACAUCCCCCUGGUGUGCGAACUGGGGAUCGACAAGCUCUCCUUUGACGAUUUCUCCUUAGAUGUGGACGCCAUGAUAACGGCCGCUCUCAGGAUGUUCAUGGAGCUUGGAAUGGUUCCCAAAUUUAAGAUUGACUAUGAGACACUGUGCCGAUGGCUGCUGACUGUGAGGAAAAACUAUCGGAUGGUUCUGUACCACAACUGGAGACACGCCUUCAAUGUGUGCCAGUGCAUGUUUGCCAUGCUAACGACGGCCGGCUUCCAAGAGACUCUGACAGAAGUGGAGAUCUUAGCGCUCAUCGUGGGUUGCGUGUGUCACGACUUGGACCACCGAGGCACCAACAAUGCCUUCCAGGCAAAGACAGGCUCGGCUCUCGCUCUGCUUUACGGGACCUCGGCUACCCUUGAGCACCACCACUUCAACCACGCUGUCAUGAUCCUGCAAAGCGAGGGUCACAACAUAUUCUCCAACCUCUCGUCCGCCGAGUACAGCAACCUUAUGCAGCUACUCAAGCAGUCCAUUCUGGCCACUGAUCUCACUCUUUACUUUGAGAACAGAAACACGUUCUUUGAACUGGUGAACAAAGGGGAGUAUAACUGGAACGUGAAGGCCCACAGAGACAUGUGCAGAUCCAUGAUGAUGACAGCAUGUGAUCUCGGCGCUGUCACCAAGCCUUGGGAAAUAUCCCGCAAGGUGGCUGAGUUAGUGACCAGCGAGUUCUUUGAGCAGGGCGACAGAGAACGAUCAGAGUUGAAGCUCACACCCUCGGCCAUCUUUGACCGAAACAGAAAAGACGAGCUGCCCGGUCUUCAAUUGGAGUGGAUUGAUGGAAUUUGUGCGCCGCUCUAUGAGACUCUGGUCAAGUUAAAUCCGAAAUUGAAGCCCAUGCUCGACAUGAUCCAAGCCAACAGGUCCAAGUGGGAGGAACUGAACAACAAGCGGCAACACGAACACAGCGUUUCAGCACCGGCGAGCCCCUCGGAGCCCGUCGGCUGCACGGCGCCCAAGACGGGCGGCUCCCCCGGCCGUAGCCGCGUGGCCGCCAAAUCGCUGGGUUAGCAAGCCUUCUUAUCGAGAUCUCACUUCCUCUUACGGCCUGCAACUUGUGCAGGGAACGCGAGGGUCCUGUUUGUUCCUCUGGGAAAAGCGGAAAAGCUACCGGAGGUGUGUGAAGGUUGUCACGGCAGCCGCAAAUGUGCUGCAUCGGCACAACUGACUUCCAUCGUGCGGCCAUUGCGCAACAAGGCACGGCCCAAAUUCUGGAAAGGUGUUGCCUGCGUGUCGGAUGUUUGUAAAUGUGUAUAUACUCGAGUGCUGUCACAAAACUUUGGAUUGUGGUGUGGCCGUCGAAGGAUGAAUUGUUUCUGGAGCGCUGGUUGUUUGCUCCAAUUCCUCCUCUCCUGUGCCUUGUUGGAAAGAUUCCCCCAUGAAAAAUGCAUGGCCUCCUUUGACUUGAACAUGAUGGAAAAUGGUACCUGUGAUGGACUUGUUUUUUUUUUUCUCCCCAUCAUUUUGCCGUUAUACACCACAAGUCAAUUGUUCAUAAAGCAGUCAAAUGGUAUUGAAUUUCACAAGAGGUUCUUUUUCAGCCCAACAGAUGAACUGACCCAGCAGUUUGCUGCUCAUUUCAAAUUGAUGUAAAUAUAUUUUUGAAAUAUUUUUAUUUAAGUUAUUAUUUCUAUUUAAUUGUAUGUCCUCAAAGAUGUGAUAAACACUGUCAGUGGUAUGCACAAUAGCGCCCUCCGGUGGUUGUGUCACAUUUGUCUGAAUGUCUUUGAAUUAUUUUUUUUAAUUACUAAUGUCAGCCUAGCCCUAACAGCUGACCAUAGCCUGACAUAUUUGAAUUAAUUUUUUUUUAUUAAUUCAUGAUGAUGGUGUAUAAAGGUAAAAUUAUUGAAAAGAUUAAAUUGUCCAAAUACUUCUGGUAUGAAAUGCUACUUUGAAGCCCUAACCCUAGCUUUAACCCUACUUUGAAACCCUAACUGUAGUAUGAAACCUUAGCUUUAAAGCCUAGUUUGAAGCCCUAACUCUCGGGCCGCGUUCCAAUAUGUUUUCCAAGUUACCCUCGUUAUACACACCUGCGUGAAAAGAUUGUUCAUUUUCACGUUCUGCAGGAGCAAAAACUUUUCACGCAGGUGCACUUAACGAGGGAAUCUUGGAAAACAUGUUGGAAUGCGGCCCCCAGGACUGGAGUUUGCCAUCUGUGCUUUAAACCCUACUUUGAAAGCCUAACUCUUGUAUGAAAUCCUCCUUUGAAACCCUGACCCUCGCUUUAAAUUCUACUUUGAAACCCUAACCCUAGUAUGAAACCCUAAUUUAAAGC